CCUUAUCUCCACACAUCACAAGAAAUUCCUUUCUCUCUUUGCAUAUCACUAUCAAAACUCCCUUCAGGAGUAGCGAAAAUGAGAAGCAAUAUUCUCCUUACCAUUAUCUUAGCCAUAGUUCUUGCAGGAGCCCUGCCCAAGAAUGUGGUAGAGGCUCAGAAUUGUGGCUGUGCUGCAAACCUUUGUUGCAGUCAAUAUGGCUACUGUGGCACUAGCAAUGCCUAUUGUGGUCAGGGAUGUAAACAAGGGCCCUGUUAUUCAUCGCCUACGCCUACUACCCCUAGUGGGAGUGGUUCUGUUGCUGAUAUUGUUACGCCUGGUUUCUUCAAUGGUAUAAUCAGCCAAGCUGGUGCAGGCUGUGCUGGGAAGAAUUUCUAUACAAGAAAUGCAUUUCUCAGUGCUGUCAAUUCAUAUCCUCAAUUUGGUAAACUUGGUUCAGCUGAAGCUUCUAAGCGUGAGAUUGCAGCUUUCUUCGCUCAUGUUACUCAUGAGACUGGACACUUCUGCUAUACAGAAGAGAUAAAUGGUGCUUCCCGUGACUACUGUGAUGAAAACAACAGGCAAUACCCAUGUGUUCCAGGUAAGAAAUACCAUGGCCGCGGACCAAUCCAACUAUCAUGGAACUACAACUAUGGGCCAGCCGGAAGCAGCAACAACUUUGAUGGAUUGAACAAUCCUGACAUUGUAGCAAGGGAUGCUGUUGUGUCAUUUAAGACAGCCUUAUGGUUUUGGAUGAAAAGUGUUCGUCCUGUUGUAGGCCAAGGUUUUGGAGCAACUAUUCGAGCCAUUAAUGGUAAUGAAUGCAAUGGUGGAAACUCAGGUGCUGUUCAGGCUCGUGUUAGAUAUUAUAGAGAUUAUUGCAGUCAACUCGGCGUUUCUACUGAGAAUAACCUCACUUGCUAGGUUUUUAAAUAACCUGAGUUGUUAAGCCAAGUUAUGGCUAAUCAUAUGAAAAUAAGAUGUACUGCUAUGAAACAAAUUGAAGAGAAAUAAAGUUCAUCAUAAUCGUUAUGUCU